AUGAAUUUGAGAGAUUUGAACAAGGUGUGGGAAAUAAAGGCAUUGAAGAAGAAACCGAGGGAAGAUGAAGCGAUGAAGAUUCUGGAGAAAGUAGCGAAUCAGGUUCAGCCCAUUAUGACUAGACGCAAAUGGCGCGUCAAGCUUCUCUCUGAAUUCUGGCCAACAAAUCCAAGGCUUCUGGGGGUGAAUGUUAAUAGAGGCGUUCAAGUGAAAUUGAGGCUUCGAAGAGCCAACAAUGAUGGAGAUUUCUUAUCCUAUCACGAAAUCCUUGACACAAUGCUCCACGAGCUUUGCCACAACGCCCAUGCUCCUCACAACGCUUCUUUCUAUAAGCUCUGGGAUGAUCUUCGAAAGGAAUGUGAGGAGUUGAUGUCAAAGGGUAUAACAGGGACAGGACAGGGAUUUGAUGCUCCUGGGAAGCGUUUGGGUGGGUUUUCUCUUCAGCCUCCCCUCUCUUCUCUUCGGUCAACAGCAGCUAAAGCAGCAGAGAAUAGAGUGCGUUCGGGCAACCUAUUACCCUCUGGACCUCAACGUCUUGGUGGUGAUAGCAGCAUUAUGUCACAUCUUAGCCCUAUCCAGGCUGCUGCUAUGGCUGCUGAAAGGCGUUUGCUUGAUGACAUCUGGUGUGGUUCCCAGUCCACUGAUGAGGCUUUACAAGACCAAGAGAAUGAUAGUACCGAACCCGUAAGGGAAACUCUUACGAGCUUGAAUGCAAGGUCAGCAAAGAGAAGCAGUAGCUGCUCAAAUACCACCAAUUCAAGCCCUCCAUCUUCAAGCCAUCAGUGGGGAUCAGAUAUCAUUGAUUUAACAGAGGAACCUUCUGAAAGUAGAUUUAUUAAAAGAAGUUGCAACCCAAGCGACAUAGGACAAGAAGGUUAAGUUGCAACCCAGGCGACAUAGGACAAGAAGGUUACAAUGCAAACCAAGUCAGAGAAGAACCUGCAAUGUGGGAGUGUGAAGAAUGCAACUUAUUGAACUCGUUGUUGGCUCCGAUAUGCGAGCUAUGCACCGCAACAAAGCCAAAGGAAAGGGAGAUGAAGCACAAAGUCUGGUCUUGCAAGUUCUGCACACUUGAAAACGAGGUGAAGCUGGAGAAAUGCGAGGCUUGUGGGCAGUGGAGAUACUCCUAUGGACAACCUUUGUCGACUCGUGCUCCUAAUGUUGGCACUUGAGGGACUAGAAGUCCAGUCUUAGCCUUUUUUCCAUAUAGCCAACGAGCAGUGAUAACAAGAUUCUCCAAGUUCUGUAAAACGAGUCACAACUUGGGCAUGUGGCUGCGUUAUGUUAUGUUGGGUUUACACCUUUUGACUCUAUUUUGGUACAAAGAAUAUUUUGAUCAGGGCACACCAGCUUAUGAUAGAGAUAUGCUCACUCGAGCUCUGAGAAAACAAAACAGCAGUUAACAUUGGUAAUACUUAUACUUCUCAAAAAUCCAUGUUUUCUGUAAUUCUAUUAUUUG